ACAGUUCCCGGCACGCCCCGCGCGUCCCGUGACGUUGUCUCGGCGGCGGUGUUUCCUGGCUGGUUCGGUUCUGUUCGGGGCCCGUGACGCAGCUCGGUGCAGGGUUUGGGACGGCACUCUUGGGGCCCCCCGGACCCGCGCAGGAUGGAGGCCGUGCCCCGCAUGCCCAUGAUAUGGCUGGACCUGAAGGAGGCCGGAGAGUUCGGCUUCAACCAGGUUGUCAAACAGUUUAUUUUAAAGAAUUAUGGUGAGAAUCCCGAUAAUUACAAUGAGGAGCUGAAGAAGCUGGAGCAGCUACGACAGAGUGCUAUAAACGUACCCCGUGACUUCGAGGGGUGCAGCGUGCUGCGCAAGUACUUCGGACAGCUGCACUACCUGCAGAGCCGGGUCCCCAUGGAGUCGGAGCAGGAGGCGGCCGUCCCCAUCACAUGGACGGAAAUCUUCUCGGGGAAGUCGAUAACUCACGACGACAUCCAGUACGAGCAGUCCUGCGUCCUCUACAACCUGGGGGCGUUACACUCCAUGCUCGGCGCCAUGGACAAGCGAGUCUCGGAAGAGGGCAUGAAGGUUUCCUGCACCCAUUUCCAGUGUUCGGCCGGAGCGUUUGCGUACCUGCGCGAUCACUUUGCGCACUCCUACAGCGUGGACAUGAGCCACCAGAUACUCAACCUCAACAUCAACCUCAUGCUGGGCCAGGCCCAGGAGUGCCUGCUGGAGAAGUCCAUGCUGGAUAACCGGAAGAGUUUCCUCGUGGCCAGGAUCAGCGCUCAGGUGGUGGAUUACUACAAGGAGGCGUGCCGGGCCCUGGAGAACUCCGAGACGGCGUCCCUGCUGGGCAAAAUCCAAAAGGACUGGAAGAAGUUGGUGCAGAUGAAGAUCUACUACUUUGCCGCCAUCGCGCAUCUGCACAUGGGGAAGCAGGCGGAGGAGCAGCAGAAGUACGGGGAGCAGGUCGCGUAUCUGCAGAGCGCGUUGGACAAACUCAACGAAGCCAUCAAACAGUCCAAGGGCCAGCCGGCGGCCGUCCAAGACGCGCUGAGAUUUACCAUGGAUGUCAUCGGCGGGAAGUUCAAUUCUGCCAAAAAAGACAAUGAUUUCAUUUACCACGAAUCGGUCCCCGCUCUGGAGACCCUGCAGGCCGUGAAAGGGGCGCCGUUGGUGAAAGCUCUUCCUGUGAACCCCACUGACCCGGCAGUAACCGGACCCGAUAUCUUCUCUAAGCUGGUACCGAUGGCGGCACACGAGGCGUCCUCGCUGUACAGCGAGGAUAAAGCCAAGCUGCUGCGGGAGAUCCUGCUGAAAAUAGAAGAAAAGAACGAAGUGCUGGACCAGUUCACGGACUCUCUGCAGUUGGACCCGGACACCGUGGAUAACCUGGAUCUCUACAGCCGCAUCCCAUCUGUCCUGAUGGAGAAGUGCGCCGCGCUCAGCGUGCGACCGGACACCGUGAAGAGCCUCGUCCAGUCCAUGCAGGUUCUUUCCGGGGUGUACACGGACGUGGAGGCGUCUCUGAAGGACAUUAAGGGCCUGCUGGAGGAGCACGAGAAGCAGGAGAAGCUGCUGCAGGAGGAUCUAGGGAGGGCGGCCGCCUCGGCCCCGGUCUCUCCUUCCAUGUCAGACGUUCACAAAGAGUGGGCUAAAUACAUGGAGGUCCACGAGAAAGCCAGCUUUACCAACACCGAGCUGCACAAAGCCAUGAACCUGCACAUCAGCAACCUGCGGCUACUGAGCGGGCCCCUGGAUCAGCUUCAGCAGGCCCUGCCGGCCCCCAGCCUGACGGAAGAUGAUGCGGCCGUGCUACAGAACCUGAAGAGGAUUCUCGGCAAAGUCCAGGAGAUGAGAGAUCAGCGCCUUUCCCUCGAGCAGCAGCUGCGGGACACCAUUCAGAAAGACGACAUCACUACCUCGCUGGUCACCACCGACCGCUCCGAGAUGAAGAAACUGUUUGCCGAGCAGCUGAAGAAGUACGACCAGCUGAAGGUCUACAUCGACCAGAACCUCUCUGCGCAGGAGAACAUCCUGAAGGCGCUGACGGAAGCGAACGUGAAGUACGCCCCGGUGCGCAAGGUCCUCUCGGAGACCGAGCAGAAGUGGAACCACACGGUGCAGACGCUCAUCGCCUCCUACGAGGCCUACGAAGACUUAAUGAAAAAAUCCCAGGAGGGCAAAGAUUUCUACGCCGACCUGGAGAGCAAAGUCGCCAAACUCCUGGAGAGAGCGCGGGCGGCGUACGACGCGGCAAACGCCGGCAGGCUGCAGGUUCUAGAGCGAGAAAUGAAGAAGAAACCUCCCCCCCGGCCGACGGCCCCGAAGCCGGCGUUGGAGAAGAAGCCUUCUGAUGCGGACCUUGCCGGUUUCUCCGCCGCGGACCUUGCCGGUUUCUCCGCCGCGGACCUGGCCGACAUCCAGCAGUUCUCCUCUCUCUUCCUUUCCGACCUGCCGGAGGAGCUAAAGAGUCUGCCCCCUGAAGCCCUCCUUGCCCACUUUGACCGGCUAGCCGCAGACGGCAUCGGGGCGUUCCCUUUAGACGCGACGGCUGCGUACCGGGCAACCCGGCUUCCCGGCGCCAACGUAAAUGUCAGGACAACUAGCGCGCCGGUACCGGACCCACACGCAGUGCCUUUCAGCCAGGCGCCGUAUAAUGCCCUGUCGGGGCCCGUGCCGCAAUAUCCCGGUCAACAUCUCCCACCGGCGACGUACAGCAACGCUCCGGCGAGCUCAGCCCAUGGAGUUCACCCGCACUUUAUACAUGCGCCGGCUCCUCCGUCCCGUGGCCCUCCGCCCGGACCAGGCUCUUCAUCGCAGAUUCCGCACAUGUAUCCAGCUGGGGCUAUGAUCAGAGGCCACGUUCACCCGGGCACCGGUCCUGCCGCUUACCCGUCUGCCGGGCUGCCGCCCCAAAGGACGUCUCCUCAGCAUGCGCCUAUGCCGGUCUCGGGAGCAGCUCCUGUGGCCCCUCAGUAUAAGCCAAAUAAUGUUGGAUUUGGGGUAGGACAGCAGGCCCCUGCGUCCCGGUAUAUGCCCGGUCCGUUAAAUCAGCCGCCUGAGGGGAACCUGCCGUUCCAGGGUCCUGCGCCGAGGGGAAGCAUCCCACCGCAGAUGGCACAAGGGGUCCGUCCGGCCACCACCACAGUCGAUAGUAUUCAGGGUCCCAUAUCGAGCUACGCGGCCUCCAGGCUUCAAGGGCCCGGCCAGGGAGGAGCGGCGCUCGGCAAUCAGCCUCUGAAUCAGCACUUGCCUCCGGCUCACUCGCAGGGCAGUUAUAUGGGGCCGCAGGGUGUAAUGGGCCAGCCGGGGCCGCCGGGUGUAAUGGGCCAGCCGGCACCCUUUCCCUACUCUCAAGGUGGAAUCCAGAACUACAUUCAGCAGCCGCCGGCGCCGCACCGGUUACCGCAUGCCCAGCCUGCUCAAAUGUUCCACGCUCCGGGGCAAAGCCAGCGCGGGAUGGAUGCCCAACCAAGAGCGCAGACCUUUCCUGGGCAGCAGCAGUACGGCCCUCCAUACCCAAUGCACGUGAACGCUCCUCCUCCUCAACACCCGGUUUAUCCACCGCAGGGCCAGCCUGCCGGAAACCCUCAGCCGAACAUGAUGCCACCCCAGCAGCAUUACCAGCGCUUUCCAUUGCCGCACGCCAUGGUCCCCGGUCAACCUGCGUCUCAGAUGCCACCUCAGCGUUAUCCGGGUGGCCACCAGGACAAGCAGCCGCCUCCGAGCUCCAUGGGUAUGACUUUCCCCGGUGCCGUUCCCAGAGCGUCUCCGCCGCUAAGCCAGCCGUCUUCAACGGUGACGGUAAUCCAUGCGCUGCCCCCUGGAUCGACCUCGCAGAUGGCCCCGUCUAUGCCGUUCGCUCCACGUCCUCAACACGCGGUUCCUCCUCCUAAUGUUUUAGCCCCGGCGGUACCACAGAUGCCGUUAGUCGGCCCCAACACCGCAAGCCCGAUAUCCCACCACGGACAACCUCCUGGCAGCCCGGCUAUCGGCCAGUUACCGGGUGCCGGGAUUGUCUCUGCAGCCCCGGCUGUUCCAUCUCCAGCGCCCUCUCCGCAGCCCGCUUUGGUCGUUCAGCCCCCGGCGGUCCUUUCAUCCUCUGUGCCCACUUCUGCAGCGAUGCCACAGAGACCUCCGCCAUCUCUGACGCCUGGAGCGGCGCCUUUAACUCAAAGCUCCACCGAGGUUGUUUUCCAGAGGCAGAGUUCUUCCACGGAUGACCUCCUUUCAUCGAGUCCGGAAAGCCAACAUGGCGGCUCCAAGACCUCAGUCGGGCAACCGCUGUUACAGCCCACCAAGGCCGAUUCGAAGGACGGGCAGAAGCCGAGAGGCAUCCAGCUGAUUGAAAACGACCCCUACGAGAAGCCAGAGCACAUCGUGAGGCUCCUGGCGGAGGUUGGCCGGUUUCGUGCGGUGGUAGCGGCCCUCGACAAACCCGUAGCCGGAGCGGCGACCCAGCUGGACGCCAUGUGGAAGGAGUUCCAAGAUGCUCAGGAGAAGGAGGCGAGGCACCUGUCCAUCGCCAUCGCUCGCUGCUACGCCAUGAAGAACCGGCACCAGGACAUCAUGCCCUACGACAAAAACCGCAUCGUCCUGCAAUCCGGCAAAGACGAUUACAUCAACGCCAGCAGCAUCGAGGAGCUCUCCUCCUACUGCCCGGCCAUCAUCGCCACCCAGGCCCCGCUCGUGGGCACCGCGUCCGACUUCUGGCUGAUGAUACACGAGCAGAAGGUUUCGCUGGUGGUGAUGCUCGUGUCGGAGCUGGAGAUUGAGAAGCAAAAGGUGGUGCGGUAUUUCCCGGUGGAGCGCGGUCAGCCGAUGGUUCACGGACAAAUCACGCUUACUCUCACCAGUCAGAAGGCUGCCGACACGCAUGUGGAGAGGGUGAUCUCGCUGCAGUACAAGGACCAGAGCCUCAAACGCUCCAUUAUCCAUCUGCAGUUCACGUCUUGGCCCGAGCUGGGUCUCCCGGACAGUAAGGGGAAUCUUCUGCGCUUUAUCCACGAGGUGCACAGUCACUAUCUGCACCAGCGGCCGCUGCAUACCCCCAUCGUGGUGCACUGCAGUUCUGGGGUCGGACGGACCGGGGCGUUCUGUAUCAUGUAUGCAGCCGUGCAAGAAGUGGAGGCCGGUAACGGGAUCCCCGACCUCGCGGAGCUCGUGAAGAAGAUGAGGCAGCAGAGGAAGCACAUGCUGCACGAGAAGCUCCACCUGAAGUUCUGCUACGAAGCCGUCCUGAAACACGCCGAGCUGGUGCUACAGAGACACGGGAUCUCCACGCCGUCCUCGGGCAAACCCCAGCACAGCGUGUCACAGAAAACCCACAGCAUGCAGGACCCCCAGGACAUCGUGCUCGGAGGGGAUAUGCCCAUAAGCUCUAUCCAGGCCACCAUCGCGAAGCUGAGCAUUAGGCCUUGCCCUGGGGGAACGGACCCCCCAAGCCAUUAUCCGCUGCCGCCGGAAGCCGUGGUGAACGAUCUGCCGGCAAACGACGUUCCUAUCAUCCCUUCAAGUUCCUCCCAGUCCGACCUCGAAGCGAACGCCCAGCAGCCUGCGCCGCAGAGCCAACAUCCCACCGCCUCCAACGGGAGCCCGGUACCGGCAGCAGACACGGAACCCGCCAACCAUGCAGAAGCGGCCGUGGAUGCGAUGCCCUGUCCCGAGCCGACGUCUGAUGUCUCUUCUUCCUCUGCCGGACCUUCGUCUUCAUCUCUCAACCUUCUGGCCUCCAUGACCCCUGAAACCUUCAACCUGGACAGCUCCCAGCGGGGGAAGCAGAAAACGAGCAAGCAGAGCUUCCUGCAGCCGCAAAACGGAGGAGGACUUCUCCGCGGCAGCGACGGUGCCGACGAUCCCCUCAGCAUGCUGGACCCGCUCUGGACCAUGAAUAAAGCAUAGGCUUCCGUUUAGAGCGCAGACAUUGCCUGACAUUGCCCUCCCGGCGCGCGGACCCCGCUCCUCCGCCAUAAUACUCUGCAUUCCAACGUCUGCUGGACCCCGAGAAGCGGCCGGUCUGGACCAGGUCUGACUUCUGAGACGGUCUGCAGUCGCCGCUGGUAACACUAAUUCCUAUGCACAGAAAUAUCGUAUGUCACGCGGAGCCCCCCGACGGUCUCUGGGUUCGGCAGCCUUAAUGUGAGGUUUUCUGCUGGGCGUGCAGAGGAUCGGCAACGGAUCCUUACCAGGGGCAACUGUGAAGACGGCCGCCUCCGAGAUUACAGUAAUCAACCCGAUCUUUUAAAUCUGCAGCGGAUCAGGACGUGCGCCUGUAAAAAAAAAAAG